AUGAUGAUGCAGGGUGCUUUUAAUUUCCAACCGAACCCGACGCCACCCGUUCAACCCCAACCGAUCCUGACGCAACCCGUUCAACAAUCUGAACCCGACGACGAUGUGGAAGUUGUUCCCGAAACCCAACCGCAAAAAGAAAAAGACAAACGAAAAAAAGGUAAGCAAGUGGUGGGUGAGCAACCAUCCAAACCGAAGGCGAAACCGUGGACGCCAAUCGAAGAAGAAGCCUUAGCUAAGGCUUACGUAGGCACGUCUACACACCCGACAAAAGGUAAUAAUCAAACGGGUGACGGGUUUUGGACCAAGGUUUUGGCGAAGUUCCUCGAGCUAAUGGACCAAGGCCCGUAUCGAGAUGUCGACUCGGUGUCAUCAAAGUGGCGGAAAAUGAACGGGUUCGUCAAUAAGUUUUGCGAUGAAUAUAAUAAAAUAUAUACAAGUGAGCUUCGUAGCGGCAUGAGCGACGGGGAUGUGUUUAAACAGGCGUUGGAAAAGUAUAAGGCGAACAAUGGUAAUACCAACUUCGCACACGUUCGCGCGUGGGAAGUUUUGCGAGUGCACCCAAAAUGGGCGCCGAUUCCCAACGAGGUGGAGAUGGCGAAGCGGCAAAGGACAUCGGAAUCGGGUAGUUUUAGCGCCGGUGGAUCGGACACGAGGUGUCACAUAAACUUAAACGAUGACGCCGAGUUUGACGAAGAGGAAUACGCCGUACAUGAAGCGGGGCGUCCAACGGGCCGGGACAAAUCAAAGAAGGAGCGGGCGAAGGGGAAAGAAAAGGAAAAGGUGGACCCGAAGAUGGAAGAGUUUAUGGAACACUUUAAGACGUACACGGACAUCUCGGCCCAAAAGGCGAAGGCGAAGGAGCGGGCGAUCGAAGAAAAGACUCGUGUGGCGGAAGAAAAGUUACGCGAAAAGGUCCGAUUGUCUAAUGUAAAAAUCCGAAUUUCCGAUGAAAAGAUUCGGCUCAAGGAAUGGGAAAUAAUAACGAUGGAUGUCGAUAAGUAUCCCGAGCCGAAACGUUCGAUGUUGAAAAAACUACAAACCGACAUCAUGAAGAAGCAUCAAAUUAUUUAA